CCACACAAACAGUCACCUGAAGCAGGAAUCGAACCCAGCUCCCUGGCGCUGUGAGGCAGCAGUGCUAACCACUGUGCUAUCCCCAACAUCUGGGAAGUAAAUGUCCUUGGAUAUCAGGUAAUUAGAAAGGAUAAGCAGGAGGGAAGUGGGGUCGCACUCUUAAUUAAGGAUGAGAUUUUAGAGCAAUAGGAAGAGACAAUACAGGAUCUAAGGAGAAAAAUGUUGAAUCCAUUUGAGUGGAGAUCAGGAAUAGUAAGGGGAAGCAGUCACUAGUGAGAGUAGACUAGAGAUCACCCAGUAGUAAUGCUACAGAGGCAUAGGUGAUCAAUCAAGGAGUAUCUGACGCAUGUAAGAAUGGAACGGCAGUAAUCAUCAGGGUCUUUAACAUGCACAUUGAUUGGCCGAAUCAAGUCAGUAAAGGCAAGAGCAGGUCAUAGAAACUAAUUUCUUAAACAGAAUCUUACCAAACCUACGAGGAAGUGUGCAAUCUUGGAUCUGGUCUUGUGUAAAUGAGUCAAGAUUAGAGUGGUGCGAGAAAAGCACAGCAAGUCAGGCAGCAUCCAAGGAGCAGGAAAAUUGAUGUUUUGGGCAAAAGCCCUUCAUAGGAAUAAAUGAGACAGUGAAAUUAAUGAUCUAGUAGUUAAGGAUCCUCUUGGAAAGAAUGAUCACAGUAUGGUUGAAUAUCAGAGACAAAUGAAGGGUGAAAUAGGAUCAUCUAAAACCAGGCUGUUAUGCUUAAUCAAGGGAAACGAUAAUGGGAUGAGGAAGGAGUUGGCUAAAUUAGACUGGGAACACAAGUUAUAUCUUAGAACAGUUGAGGAACAGUGGAAGGCUUUCAAAGAGAUUUUUCACGUGCUCAAGGAAAGUAUAUCCUGGUCAAAAACAAGGAUAGCAAGGUUAGGAAGAGCCAGCCUUGGAUAACCGAGGAAAUAAAGGAAGGCAUCCAGUUAAAAGCUCAGGCUAACAAAGUAGUCAAGAAUAGUGGGAAACAUGAAGAUUGGGAAAACUUUAAAAAGCAACAAAGAAUGAUAAAGCAAGCAAUAAAGAAAGGAAAGAUAGAUUACGAAUGCAAACUAGCACAGAAUAUAAGAAAAGGUAGGAGAAGUUCAAAGUUUAUGAGAAGAUUUUUAUAAAUUGAGUUUUGAGAAGAUUUGUAGCUCAGGUUGAGGUUCUGGAUGUAGGUUUGCUUGCUGAGCUGGAAGGUUCAUUUCCAACUCCAGCUCCAGUUCUUUGGCAUGUUACACACACCUUCCACUACACAUGUAGUGUCUCCCACCGUCCUCCUCCUCUCACCAAAAUAAAAGACCGUGUGUGGAGCCCAGGUAAGUGCCUGAUCAUAAAGAUGACAGACCUUUCAGUGCAGGAGCGAGCAGUGGGAGCCGUGGUUGGAUCCCUUGUGGCUGACGCAGCUGGGCAGCCAUUGCAUUGGAUCUAUGACGUCAAGCGUUUGGAUCAGAUUCUGAAGGGCCGCGAGGGCACUCCAGAAUUUGUCGAUCCUGGUCAGGGUCCAUUUUACCGUCAGCCGACUGGAGCUCAGAGCGGUUACGGGGAUCAGACUCUUGCCUUGCUGAAGGCCCUGGUGGCAGGGAAAGGCUUUGAUGUGCAGCUGUACAGACAAGAAUUGUACAAAACCUUUGGGCCAAACUCUGAGUAUGACCUGAAGGGAAAGCUGAAAGGGCAGGACCAGGUUCAGACAGGAGGAUACAGACAUGCUUCUAUUAAAGCUUUCCUGACUGCGUAUGAAGCAAGAAAGGAAAACACCGGAAGCUCCACAGAUCCACAGAUGGAUGGUGUGGCGAAGGUUGCACCAAUAGUUGCUCUGUACGCUGGAGACCCCAAACUCCCCCAGUACGUGGAGGAGGUAGUCCGAGUCACACAGGAUGACAAUCUGGCAGUACAAUGCAGCAUCGCAGCUGCUGUCAUUCUGGAGGAAUUCAUUCUGCACCCCCCGAGGGAAGGGUUUCUGGAUCGGAUGAAGAAUCGGCUGGAGCUCCGUGUCAUUGCCGGCAGGUUACCUGAGAUUCUGCAACAGCACACCACGGCACACCGGGAGGUGGUGCAGCAAAUCGGCAGCUCAUGUGCAUUACCAGGGAAUUUGCUAAAUUCCCUGCACUGUCUGCUGGUGAGCCCAAACCUGUCCGAUUACUCAGACACCAUGAGACAAACCAUGACAGCUGGAGGAUGUAACUGCAGUCGCCUCAGUUUUGUAGGAGCCUGUAUUGGUGCAGCAGUUGGUUCUCGGGGGAUCCCUGAUGACUGGAUUAAGAAGACUCGGCAUGGUGACUUAAUUGAGAAACUCUCCCAGGAUCUGGUUGCUCUCCGAGUGUCUGGGUGAAGGAAGCCCAGUCAGUUCCAGAGAAUAAUUUACAAACCUGGGAAACACCCUUAACCCACCUUGGCCAGGUUAUUAUAGUCACUGCUCACAUUCUCUCUGCCCUCCUCUCUUCUCCCUAAGCACCCACCCACCCCAACCCACACUCUCCGCCCUUACUCUCUCCACCCACUCAAUCUCUGCCCAUACACUCUCCCUUGACCCCCACACUCUUUCCCCCAACACUCUCUCCCUCCUCCCCCC